AUCUCCUACUCAGGAUGUGCUGCUCAGCUCUUUUUCUUUAUGUUCUUCAUGUCAGCAGAGUAUUUCCUCCUGACCAUCAUGUGCUACGACCGCUACGUGUCCAUCUGCAAACCCCUGCACUACGGGACCCUCCUGGGCAGCAGAGCUUGUGCCCACAUGGCAGCAUCUGCCUGGGUCAGUGCCUUUCUCAAUGCUCUCAUGCACACAGCCAAUACAUUUUCCCUACCCCUAUGCCAUGGCAAUGCCGUGGGCCAGUUCUUCUGUGAAAUCCCCCCGAUCCUCAAGCUCUCCUGCUCCAAAUCCUACCUCAGGGAACUUGAGAUCAUUGCAGUUAGUGUCUGUUUGGUAUUUGGCUGUUUUGUGUUUAUUGUUGUUACCUAUGUACAGAUUUUCAGGGCUGUGCUAAGGAUCCCCUCUGAGCAGGGAAGACACAAAGCCUUUUCCACCUGCCUCCCUCACUUGGCUGUGGUUUCCUUGUUUGUCAGCACUUCAGCAUUUGCUUACCUGAAGCCCCCCUCCAUGUCCUCCCCAUCCCUGGAUCUGGCCCUGUCAGUUCUGUACUCGGUGGUGCCUCCAGCCCUGAACCCCCUCAUCUACAGCCUGAGGAACAAGGAGCUCAAGACUGACAUGUCGAGACUGAUGACUGAUGACAGAAACAUUAAACUGGUGAUCGAACAUAAAACGUGCUUGAUGAAUAAAGUGGAGUUUUUAAAGACUCCAGUUACAAGGGCACCCCGCAGCAGUGCCACCAUUGCCAUUGUCUUUAUCAGCGCCCUCAUCCGUAUCUAA